GAUGGAAGAAAAAACAACACUGGCUUCACAUAGGAUGGAGAUCUUGUUAGUCCUGCUGCUCUUGGGCCACCUAAUAGUACUCACCUACGGCCAUCCCAUCCUAAAAGCACCAGAGAGUGUGGUAGGGACCUGGAAAGGGGAUAUGACACUUCACUGCAUCUAUGAUCCCCUGAGAGGCUACAGUCAAAUUUUGAUGAAAUGGAAGGUACAACGUGGCUCUGACCCAGUCACCAUCUUCCUACGGGACUCCUCAGGAGACCAUAUCCAGCAGGCAAAAUACAGAGGUCGCCUAAAAGUGAGCCACAACGUUCCAGGGGAUGUUUCUCUACAACUGAAUGCCUUACAGAUGGAUGACAGGAAUCACUACACAUGUGAAGUCACCUGGCAGACCCCUGAUGGAAACCAAGUGGUGAGAGAUAAGAUUAUUGAGCUCCGUGUCCAGAAAUACUCCUCCAAUCCACGUAUAAUCAAUACUGAAUCACUUUCAACCAUGCAGUCCUCUUUGGAAGCAACAACUAAUGUGAAAUCAACAUGUGACUGGACCACUAAGGUGAAUGAAAAACUUGAGGAGACCACUAAGGUGAAUGAAAAACUUGAGGAGACCACUAAGGUGAAUGAAAAACUUGAGACCACGGCUGCCCCAGUGAAUGAAAGACAUGGACCAAGAAGGGAACUGGCAACCUCUGCCAUCAUCUGCAUUGCCGUCCUUUGCUGCAUAGUGGUUGUCACCAUAGCUUAUAUCAUGUUCUGUUCCAGAAUAUGCCAACAAGAGCAUGUCUAUGAAGUGAGCAGGGUGUGUGCCAAGGAAACCAGCAACUCUGAAGAAACCACCUUCACAAACGGGUGCUUCAAUGUUGCAGCAGAUUCCCAUGCUCUGAUCAAUGACUAUUCUGAUGAGCCUUGCCUGGGACAGGAGUACCAAAUCACCACCCAGUCAACAAUGACUAUUCCUGAAUGCUUCACACUGUUCCAAGAAACUCUGAAGUCCUUGCUACUGAAAACAAUAGCAUCUGCUAAAAUGCUUCACUAAGUGUAGGUCUACUAACAUAAUUGCCUAUGAUUUUUUCCAUUAUUGCCUUUAGCGUAGCUUCCUUCCUUGCUUCCUUGCUUCCUAGAUAACCCAAAGUAUCAACUCUGCCAGUGUUGGGGCCACUGGGAAAUCCUGGUUUGGCUAAGAAUUUACCAUAUGCACCUCAAGAAAGCUAGUUUCUGGGUUUGGCCCUGGACUCUUCUAUGUUCCAGCGUGGAGCCUCCACAACUCUUAUGCAAACACCAGAGAAAUUCCCAUAGCACUAGAGGUUCUUCAUGUCUCAAGGCAUCACCAGAAAAUCAGAUGAGGCCCAGUCUUACCAACUCAAGCAACCAUUUGUAUCCAUCUUUGUGUCCCUUUCUCUAGGGCCAGGGGACUUUUGAUUAAUACUGCUAAUCACAAGCCAAGGUACAGAUCUGUUCCUACACUGUGAAUUUAAUGCUCCUGUAUUCUUUUGGUGUUAAUAAAUAUUUAAUCAUGACAGCAA